AUGGCUGUGACUGUCCAGGCCACAGGGACACUGAGGGAAGGCUCCUGCUCUCGGGGAACGCCGCUAAGCAUAGUGGACAACAUAACUACCGUCAUCACGAACAAAGUGGGCAGAGAUGAUCUGAAGCUGUUGAUAACUGAAGAUGGAGUCUGGAUGGUGUUUGUGGCGGCAGCAGAGUUGUCACACGAGGAGGAAGCUGACCUGCGUGAUGCACUGAAGAAGCAUUUAGCCCAGGAGCCCGCAGAUGAAAAUGAUGAAACAGAAAAGAGGCAGCAGAAAGAGAAUUUUCUGAAAGAAUUUCCUGAGUUGAAAAGGAAACUUGAAGAAAACAUCAGGAAUUUCCGAGCUCUGGCUGACCAUCGUGACAAGGUGCACAGGGGCUGCACCAUCUCCAAUGUGGUGUCCGACUCCAUCAGUAUCGCCGCUACAAUCUUUGGAUUAUAUCUGGCACCCUUAACAGGAUUGGUCUCUCUGAUGAUCACAGCAGCAACUCUAGGAGCAGCAGCAGCUGCAACUGGUGUCACCACUGCAAUUGUGGAAGAAUCAUUGAGAGGGGCAGAUGAAAGUGAAGCCAGACGCCUGGUUCGAGCCAGCAAAAACAUCCUGGACAGAAUCUACAAGAUCAUGCCUUUGAUUGUAACCAAACAUGAUAGUGCAGGAGUGCAAAUAUUCUGGGCCUGGAAGACGCUCAGGGAACAUAUCCAAGCCACCAGAGCAGGAGGAACCAUGAAAUUCAAAACCACUGCAAAGACAGAGUCACCUGAAGAGCUACGGGCACUGGCUAACUAUCUAGAAGAGAAGUUGCGUGAAUUUGAGCAGCUCCACAAGGAUCUACAGUCAUUCUAGCCUCAGUGAUCCCUCCACCACGCAGUUAAGUGUU